GACUGACAAUCUUAAUGGCUAAUGCUGCGCAAUGGAAGAAUCCAUGUCUUUGAACGAUACAGCCCCAGCGAUGAUGCAGGCAAAGAUCUCCUCAUUGCGGGAGAAGUUCUCGAGUUUCCAAUCGCAAUGGGAGGAGGACACGAGGAGCCGCAUCGAUCGAGAUAGCUCCAAGCUUGCGGGUGUGAAAGAGGGAAUGAUGAAGGUGGUGCAGUCCGUGCAGUCUGAGAUUCGGGAGCGGGAAGAGGCCAACAAGGCGCUCGGCACCAUGUUCGAGUCACAAGUCCAGGCGAUUGAGGACCGACUGGAGGCAGUUUUCAUGGAGAAGCUGGAUCGCCUGGGCUCCAGCGUCGCCACGCUCGGCGAGCGGAUGGCACAAGUGGAGCACGACUUUGCCGACACACGGGAGAAACAGAUGCAGGAAGCAGUCCUGCGCAAUCAGCGGCUGGCACAGGAGGUUGCAAACUCGGUGUCCGCCCAAGAAAAGGAGACGGCCGAAAGGAAAGUGCGCGAAGACUCUCUCGCCAAGCAGCUGUCGGACUAUGAGGUGCAGACCAGGGCGGCGCUAAAGGCCCAGGCGCAGCUGCGAGAGCAGAAGUAUCAGGCGCUUCGAGCCCAGCUAGACAGCCUCAAGCAGCAGAGGGAAACAGGUGAUGAUGAAAUCAACAGCUACGCAGCUGACAAGGUGGUUGGCAUCAAGGCGAUGCUGGCGGCCGAGGCAAGGGCCCGGGCGCAGGCAGACGACGACAUCAUGCAAGCUCUGAAGCAUUACACGACCUGCCUACAGGAUGCGCUUCGAAUCAUCAACCAACAUUGAGGGUCUUCCGGCAGGCGGCUCUCGCCAAAACGGCUCCAGUGCCCGGCCGCACUGCGAAUUUUACCUGCACCUGAUAGCACGAUGCGUGUCCGUUUCGUUGUUUGAUGCCCGGGUUUACUGGAGGUGAGGGUCAAGUUUGUAGUCCCUUCAUAGUGCAUGCGCAAAGGUCGCAUUGCUUGAGCCUGCACAGCCUUGUGCCAGCCUGCGCAGGCCUUUGGAUAUACCAAGGCAGCUGUUGCGGUGGCAUGUGGCGUAGAGAACGCGGGAAAGCCAACGAUAUUUCUCGGAAAGGCCGAGCAAGCA